UCACCCUUUAGCUGCUCGGGUCCUUGACCGCUUCGCACAGGUGAGCUCCCGAGAUGGGAAAGGCGACCUGGGGGAGCCGCCCCCGACACGGCCCACGGUAGGUGUCCGCCCCCGCGGGUGGAGUUGCGGGGGGUCAGUUCUGCGCUUGGCGAAGAGCUCCGGGCUCCUGUGGGCACCAAUCUUACUGACAUCGUGGCACAGAGAAAGAUCACCAUCCGGGAGCUUGGGGGGUGCAUGGGCCCCAUCUGGUCCAGUUACUAUGGAAACUGCCGUUCUCUCCUGUUUGUGAUGGACGCCUCUGACCCCACCCAGCUCUCUGCAUCCUGUGUGCAGCUCUUAGGUCUCCUUUCUGCAGAACAACUUGCAGAAGCAUCGGUGCUGAUACUCUUCAAUAAAAUCGACCUACCCUGUUACAUGUCCAUGGAGGAGAUGAAGUCAUUAAUCAGGCUUCCAGACAUCAUUGCUUGUGCCAAGCAGAACAUCACCACGGCAGAAAUCAGCGCCCGUGAAGGCACUGGCUUGGCAGGGGUGCUGGCUUGGCUCCAGGCCACCCACAGAGCCAAUGAUUGACCUCACGGCAGAGGCACAGCUGGCCUGAGCUGGGGAGAGAUGGCAGAGGGCAGUAUGGCUUUGCUGCCAAUAGUUUCUUCUCACAGGGGCAGAAUAACCCAAAGUAACCCUACAUGAUGGGGCUCUGUGCUGAGAUGCAAUGAUGCGUAAACUGAGGCAUGUGGAGAUGGAAGUUGACAUCUGGCCUCUGAAAAAAGUGUCCCCAGGAGCCAGGCAUGGUGGCUCACACCUGUAAUCCCAGCACUUUGAGAGGCCAAGGCGGGUGUAUCACCUGAGGUCGGGAGUUCGAGACUAGCCUGACUAACAUGGAGAAACCCUGUCUCUACUAAAAAUACAAAAUUAGCUGGGUGUGGUGGCGCAUGCCUGUAAUCCCAGCUACUUGGGAGGCUGAGGCAGGAGAAUCCCUUGAACCUGGGAGGUGGAGGUUGCAGUGAGUCGAGAUCAUGCCAUUGCACUCCACCUGGGCAACAAGAGCGAAACUCCGUCUUAAAAAAAAUAAGAAAAAAAUAAAAACCUGUCCCCAGACUGGGUGAGCAGGGCCUGCACAUGGCCGAGUGUUCUGUAUCCUAGAGUGGUGCUAUUGGGGUUGGCUCACCUCCUUCCUGGAGACCUGCUGGACUGCCCCCAAGGCGUAUGGACUGCACAGUGCCACUGAAACCUGGCCUCUUGCUGUAGCACAACCUCCAACCUGCUGAGCCGCUGGUACUCUGACCCUGCAUCUGCCACAGACGGCAUGAGGCAGGUGAAGUGAGUGUGGUAGUAAGAGCCAGGCCUCGAGUUAGAAACAAGCUGGUGGCCGGACGCGGUGUCUCACGCCUGUAAUCCCAGCACUUUGGGAGGCUGAGGCAGGCAGAUCACGAGGUCAGGAGUUCGAGACCAUCCUGGCUAACACGGUGAAACCCCGUCUCUACUAAAAAUACAAAAAAUUAGCUGGGCGUGGUGGCUUAUGCCUGUAAUCCCAGCACUUUGGGAGGCUGAGGCAGGAGAAUCGCUUGAACCUAGAAGGCAGAGGUUGCAGUGAGCUGAGAUCGCGCCAUUGCACUCCAGCCUGGGUGACGAGCAAAACUCGGUCUCAAAAAAAAAAAAAAAAAAAAAACAA